AACCGGAAGUAAACAAGUAACUGGGCGCCUACACGUGUAUCAGCGGGACGAGAGAGACGGUGAAUCCAAAACCAGAGUCCGGGUGAGUCCGUGUGAGUCCCACUACAAGCAACAAACUGAUCUGUGACUCAUCAUCAUAACCCUAACCUCCUAUCAUCCUCUCUCCAUCCGUCAUGAACUCAUCCCUGCAGGGGAAGAAGAGACAGAGUCUGGAGGAACCUCCUGUUCCUUUAGACAUCCACACACCUGAGAGAAGAGUGAAGAAGAAGAAGAAGAAAGGUAACAGACAAAAGGAGGAAUUGGAGGUUGGUCUUCGUUCUCCAGCUGAUGGAGAGAUGGACAGGGAGAUGGAAAUAAAGAAGAAGAAGAAGAAGAAGAAGACAAAGGUGGAGAAAGAGGAGGUUGGUCUUCCUCCUGCUGAUGAAGAGAUGAACAGCGAGAUGGAAAUAAAAAAGAAGAAGAAGAAGAGGACAAGAGUGGAGGAAGAGGAGGUUGGUCUUCCUCAAGCUGAUGGAGAGAUGGACAGGGAGAUGGAGAUAAAAAAGAAGAAGAAGAAGAAGAAGAAGAAAAGGACAAGAGUGGAGGAAGAGGAGGUUGGUCUUCCUCCUGCUGAUGGAGAGAUAAACAGUGAGAGCGAUAGGAAGAAGAGAAAGAAGGAGAUAAAGGAGGAUGAGGAGAUCUCUGUUGAAAACUGUGAAACACAAAAUAAGAAAGAAAAGAGAGCAAGUGAGGCCUUCAUCGUCAUGACCACCACCCACAGCAACACAGACACAAACUACGCUGUUAGGGAAGAGAAGAAGAGUUUGACCAAAAGAGAUGGAGAUGAAGAUCUGUUGGACUCUGCGUUGGUGGAGGAGCUGCAGGAGUUUGUUCCAGAUGUCAAAAAUAAAUCAGUCGAUCAGAUAAAGAAGCUGCUGAGAUACGACCUGGAACGCUUCAGGAACUUCAAACGACUAGGUGUGACGCUGCGUCGGGGGCGGUGCUCUCAGGAGGAGAAUCAGGGAAUCAGACAGAAUGUGUCCGACUUCCUGGCUCUGACGGGCAUCGGCUCAGCCAUACAGCUUCUGUUUCCUCAGAGGUGUAAAGAGGAGGAAGUGCAGAUCAGGAGGCUGAGGGCACGACAUCACUUCCUGGAGAAGAUCGCUGAGGGGAUCCCUCGGACAUGUCAACAAGUUUGCACCAGAGCCAAGAAGAUUUUUGAUGACAGGAAUCACAUGGGAAGGUUCACGGAGCGGGAAGUGAGGUCUCUGAUCAAGCUACAGAACCUUCAUGGAAAUGACUGGAAGACGAUUGCUGAGAAGAUGGGCCGCAGCGUGUACGCUCUGGAGAAACGCUUCGCCACCAUCGCUGCAGGUCAUGGGUUGUGGAGUGAAGAUGAAGAGUCGAGGUUGAAGUCUGCUCUGAAUGCUCACCUGGAGGUCAUGGUCCAGCAGAGUCCUGGUGCUGGUCUGAGCAGAGACCAGCUGUCCAACAACCUGCCGUGGAAAGACAUCAGUCAGCAGGUUGGAACCAGGUCUUGGACCCAGUGUCGCCUCAAGUGGUUCAGCAUGUUGAAGUUUAAACUGUCUCCAGGAGUCAGAAUCUUCGACCGAGGAGCUAAAGGGAUUCAGGCUAAAAUCCAUCUCAUUAACACAUUGUACAACAUGCGUGUUGAAGACUCUGCAGACAUUGACUGGGACGAGGUGGCUCAGAAUGUUGGUGAGGUGACUACUGUGUGUGUACAGAAGACUUUUCACAGACUGAAAGUCUCCAGAGUUCCCAACUGGACCAGUUCACCAUAUGGAGCCGCCGGUCGAUCACAUCAGCAAACCAAGUCCAGCUUGACCGGAACUGACUGUUUGGUGUGUUACUGAAGCUCCACCCCUUCACUCUGUGUACCUGUGCAGAUGGCUCCGCCUCCUCUCCAUGUGUAUCCAGGUAAACAGGAGUCACAGCGCCUCCCUGUGGCUCCGCCUUUACACUGACAGAGACCAGAGUCAGAGCAGUGAGGAGAAAUACUUCCCUCUGCAUCACAGUCGCACUCUGACACAGACACAGACAAUAUUGUUAUUAUGAUCAAUUAUUAUUAUUAAUAAGCAUAUAAUUAUUGAUGUUGUUCUAUUAAUUAGUAGUGAAAUAGCAGUAGUGAUACUUUUUCAAAUGUAAUGAUGUUUGCGUGUGUUUUUUGUGUUGACAGUUUACAUGUGUGUAUGUGUGUAUGUGUGUGUGCACGUGACUGACCCACACAGACGUUCUCAUCCUCCAGCGACAGCAAAGCGUUUUUAUAGUAGCCAAGGCGACAGUACUGACAGUUCUGUCCUCGUGUGUUGUGUUUGCAGCUCACACAUGUGACGACGUUGAUGAAGUCGAUGUAGCUGCAGCGGUUGGAGUGUCCGUUACACUCGCACUCUAACACACACAGACACACACAUACACAUAUCUGACGUCAGUAACACACAAACACACCUGCAGCUACAGCAGUGAAACAUUAAACAUGUUGUCAUGUAACACAGUUUCAUGUAAUGUAACUCAAUGUAAUGUUAGGAAACGCUGAUCCUUUGAGUGACGUCCCUUCACUUUGUCACGUUUGCUUGUGUCGUGUUUUUUCUUUGCGACUCAUCUCUAGCGAAGCUCAGGGGGAGGAGUCAGACACUUUGAGGAAGAGACACAUUUCUUGUGGGAGGGGCCAUAGUUUGGGGGAGGACUCUGUUUGUUGGAGGCAGUCUUACCCUGGAAGGUGACAUAGGCGAUUUUGGACAGUUGACUGAACUUUGAUCCUCCUGGAAUCAGAAUCUUCUGGGUCGCUUUGGACACAAAGAAAAGUGUGUAGCCAUGGCACCGAGCAAGGUACAAACCCUAACUCUACGGUUGAUUGAAGCCACAUCGGAACCCACUACACACAACAAGUGAGCAGAUACUACUUGUUCUUCUACUGGGAGACUUCUACAUCUUCUACCUUUUUUCUCGUAGCCUUUGUCAUCUUUCUCCUUCGGUCUUUCCACUUUUUCUUUCCUUGUUUCAUCUUUGGUCUCAGCAGCUGUUUGGUUUAACAAAGAAGUCGAGGAUAUCAAUUUGUGUAGAAAUGCACAGAGUUGAUUUGACCCUUCAUCAAACCUCAUUUAUCCUCACAGUUAAUUUGCUGUGUCUUCACAAUGUGAACUUACAAACUCACAAACAAGCAAAGAAUCUUGUUUCCUUAAAAAAGACUUGAACCCUAACCCUUAUAAUGUAGAAACCAUGUUGUUUUACAGUGAAACAAAUAAAAGUACUCCUGUUGGGGAAGACUAAUUUAUAUGUUUGAAAACUUUGAAGCAAGUAUAUAUCUCUUUUUACUGUUUAGCUUAAAAAUGAAAGGAAAAAAAAACUACACAGCUGUAAAAUGAAAUCAGCAAGAUUCUCUGAAUGUGCUGUCAGAGUUAUUUAACAUAUUGUUUACUGGAGUUUCAUAAGAUCUAAUCUGAACCAUCACAGCUCUUCAUUUUGUACCUUUUUCCUUUUCCUGCUCUCUUGUUAUUUCUUGUUUUGAGUUAUUGUUUUCACUGGACUCUGGUCGUCCUGGUGAUCCAGCAGCUGAAUCCUCUCCAGACUUUCCCUCCUUCUGACCUGCUGAAGAAGACAAACCUACUCCUGGAUCAUCCACUGCUGGAGGAGAAUCUGGUCCAUAUUCCAGAUCAGGACUCGCAGGAUCUGUUUCAGAAGAAUCUGGUCCAGUUGAUUCCAGUCCACUCUCCUGUUUUUCUCCCUUGCCUGGAUCAGCUGAGAUGUAAUUCAGUCCAGGAUCAACUGAAUCUGAUCCUUCAGCAUUGACAGAUUCUCCAGAAUCCUCUGGAAUGAUCCCAGGAUCACCGACAGGCUCUAGUCCAGAAACUCGUUCUGCUCCGGAAUCUGAUCCAGGUUUAGUUGGAUUUUUAUCUUCCAGAAAUGGGAAGUUGAAGUCCACAGGAGCUAAAUCACCAGCAGGGUCAGUCGGACCUAAGGUGCUUGCUCCUGGUGCAGAAUCACUGCCUCCUUCCUCAGAGGGAGAUGGCAAAGACUCUAUAGUUUCUGUAUUUGUAGGGGUUAUAUCUAUCAGAGAUUCUGGAGUCCUAGAGGAUGGCACUACUGGGGGAACAUCUGAAGGAAGUAGAUUGGUAGAUAAUACAUUAGGAGGAGGUUCAUCUAGAGAUGGCGCAUCUGGAGAAAGUACAGCUGGGGGAGGUACAUCAGGCAGAGGUAUAUCAGGAAGGGGUUCAUCAGGCGGAGGUACAUAAGGUGGAUUUAAAUCAGGCGUAGAUAUAUAAGAAGGAGGUACAUCAGGCGGAGGCUCAUCAGGAAGUUGUUUAUCAGGCGGAGGUUCAUCAGGAAGUUGUUUAUCAGGCGGAGGUUCAUCAGGAAGUUGUUUAUCAGGCGGAGGUACAUCAGGCGGAGGUUCAUCCACGGGUGGAAUAUCUAUUUGAUUGUUUGGAGGAAUGACAGGAGAACUUGUGUCAGCUCCCUCUGUAGGUGAAGCAUUUCCGUUUGGACUGGUUGGGGCUGAUGUGGUGAAUGGAAAACUUCCAGAUUGAGUCCUGUCACUGGGAAGGGUUAUUUCUGGGAUGGUCGUGGGAGGCGGUACUCCGGUGGAUCUGGUGCCAUCAGCAAAUAGGGAAGUGCUGGUGAUCAGUUUGAUAGUAUCAGUCCCAAAAAGUAUGGAGUCAGUGUUGUCUGAUGAGGAAGUGAAGUCAGAAAGAGGAGUCACUGGGUCAAAAGUAUACACCUCAGCUUCAGUACUGCAGCCAGGGGUUGUGGGGUUGUUGUUGUCACUGAUGGAACUGGAGGUUCUACAAGUGUUACGGGGAGAGGUGAAGUCUGCUUCUGUGGGAGCUAACUUGAACAAAGUGUCUGCUGUGUCCACUGCUGGACUGUUAGAUGGAACUGUGGCCUGUGUGCCUGCAGUAAUGACUGCAGUACUGACAGUACUACUGACUGCAGUAAUAGUUCCAGGAAACGUUGUAGUAGAUACCUCACCAGUUGCAGGAGAGUUGUCAGUAUCACUAACUCUAGUGAAUGAAGUGUUAGAAGUAGUUUGCGUUAGUGGGGACGUAGGUGUAGGAUCACUGCUACUUGUUUGUACAGUAGAACUACGUUGUGUGUCUGCAGGAGAAUCGAAACCAGGACGUCCUGUGUUCACUGCACCACUUGACCAUGUGUUCAACAAAGCAGACGUUCUACCUGGAGGACCCGGGUCAGAAGACAAAGUAGUAGAAAUACUGACACUAGGCGGCGUAUUGUCAGUCGCAGUGGCAUCAGUUGCUGUAGCGCCAGGCAAUAUAAUAUUGUCUGUAGUAGUAGUAGUAGAAGUAGUAGAAGUAGUAGUAGUAGUAGUAGUAGUAACAGUCAAGUCAGUGUCUCCAGCAGAUGUUGUGUUUGAGUCGUCAUCUGUCAGAGAAGAAGAGUUAAGUCUCUUUAGUGAACAGACAGACAGGUAAACAGACAGACAGGUGACA